GCCUCCCGCUCGCUUCUCUUUGGGCCCCUAGAAGCAAUCUGGGUCCCUCUGGUCACUCCCGGUGAAAGUGGGUUGCGCAGCCUGCUGGAGCAAUCAGCGGGGAUGAAGCCCUCUUGGCUGCAAUGUCGCAAGGUCACUGGAGCCGGCGGACUCGGGGGGCCACUGCCAGGGUCCACUCCAGCCCGAGGACCUGGGCCAGCCCGCAGGGCUUAUGUGGCCCCGAGCCCCAGGGGUGGCCUUGGGGGUCGAGGCUGCCGACCACUGUCCUCAGGAAGCAGCAGCGAGUACAAGACGCACUUCGCGGCCUCAGUCACAGACCCAGAGAGGUUCUGGGGCAAAGCUGCGGAGCAGAUCAGCUGGUACAAGCCCUGGACCAAAACCCUGGAGAACAAACAUGCGCCCUCCACCAGUUGGUUUGUGGAAGGAAUGCUUAACAUUUGCUACAAUGCCAUCGAUCGCCAUAUUGAAAAUGGUAAAGGAGAUAAGAUUGCUAUCAUCUAUGACAGUCCUGUUACAAAUACUAAAGCGACUAUCACCUAUAAAGAAGUCUUGGAGCAGGUCUCUAAGUUGGCUGGUGUUUUUGUUAAGCAUGGCAUCAAGAAGGGUGACACAGUGGUCAUCUACAUGCCAAUGAUCCCACAAGCCAUGUACACCAUGCUGGCAUGUGCAAGGAUAGGAGCCAUCCACAGUCUCAUAUUUGGAGGAUUUGCAUCCAAGGAACUAAGUAGUCGCAUUGAUCACGCAAAGCCUAAAAUGGUUGUAACAGCAUCAUUUGGCAUUGAACCUGGAAGAAAAGUCGAAUAUAUACCACUUCUUGAAGAAGCACUGAGGAUAGGAAAACAUAAGCCAGACAAAGUUCUCAUCUAUAAUCGUCCAAACAUGGAGACUGUCCCUUUGGCUCCAGGUCGUGAUCUUGAUUGGGAUGAAGAGAUGUCAAAAGCACAGUCACAUGAUUGUGUGCCCGUUCUUUCUGAACACCCUUUGUAUAUUCUUUACACAUCUGGAACAACGGGCUUGCCUAAGGGUGUGGUUAGGCCUACAGGAGGAUAUGCUGUCAUGCUAAACUGGACAAUGUCUUCCAUAUAUGGACUUAAACCUGGAGAGGUGUGGUGGGCAGCUUCCGACUUAGGCUGGGUUGUUGGACAUUCCUAUAUAUGUUAUGGACCUCUUCUACAUGGGAACACAACCGUUUUAUAUGAGGGGAAGCCAGUGGGAACACCAGAUGCUGGGGCUUAUUUCCGAGUGCUGGCGGAGCAUGGAGUGGCUGCCUUGUUUACAGCGCCUACUGCAAUUAGAGCAAUCCGUCAACAGGACCCUGGGGCAGCCUUGGGGAAGCAGUACUCUCUGACAAGGUUCAAAACAUUAUUUGUAGCUGGAGAACGUUGUGAUGUGGAGACUCUGGAAUGGUCCAAACAGGUCUUCCAAGUUCCUGUCCUAGACCACUGGUGGCAAACAGAGACUGGCUCUCCGAUCACUGCUUCGUGUAUUGGACUAGGUAAUUCCAAAACACCUCCACCCGGGCAAGCAGGAAAAAGUGUUCCAGGAUACAAUGUUAUGAUUUUGGAUGACAACAUGCAGAAAUUGAAAGCACGAUCCUUAGGAAAUAUUGUGGUAAAGUUGCCAUUACCACCUGGGGCUUUUUCGGGACUCUGGAAGAAUCAAGAAGCGUUCAAGCAUCUAUACUUCCAAAAAUUUCCUGGAUACUAUGAUACCAUGGAUGCUGGUUACAUGGACGAAGAAGGCUAUUUGUAUGUUAUGUCUCGAGUUGAUGAUGUAAUCAAUGUUGCAGGUCACAGGAUUUCUGCAGGUGCCAUUGAAGAGUCCGUUCUAUCACAUGGUACUGUGGCAGACUGUGCUGUUGUUGGCAAGGAAGAUCCUUUGAAAGGCCAUGUCCCAUUAGCACUCUGCGUGCUGCGGAAAGAUAUAAAUAUCACAGAGGAGCAAGUAUUGGAAGAAAUUGUGAAACACGUUAGAGAGAACAUUGGCCCUGUAGCUGCUUUUCGAAAUGCAGUGUUUGUCAAACAAUUACCCAAAACUCGAUCCGGCAAAAUUCCCAGGUCAGCUCUGUCUGCCCUGGUUAAUGGAAAGCCUUAUAAGAUAACUCCUACAAUUGAGGACCCCAGCAUUUUUGGACAAAUAGAAGAUGUGCUGAAGCAGACUUCUUGA